CUCCUUGGGCCAUGGUGGCUCACUAAGGCACAGCCACUUUACCCCUCUACUGAGGGAGGUGGUGAGGAGAGGCUGAGGCAGCCAGGAAGGGAUAGGUGAGGGAACAGAGUGACAGCACCCCUGAUCCCACUGUGGAUGAGUUUGUCUUCUCCAAGGGAGGUGGACGCUGGGCCCAUUUUAUUCUGACCCUUGUAGAAUUAAUCCCCAAGACGCUUUGACCCUCCAAGAUGGCAUAAGGGAUUUUCUCUUUUAAGAGUGGGUUAUACUUUUAAAAACUAGGGCUAAAUGUUUUCUUUCAUUCAUUCAUUCAUUCACUCCAUAAACAUUCUGUGCCUCUCAUGUGCAAGGGGCACUGGGCUUGACGCCAUAGAACCCACAUGAUGCAGGAAGUCAUGACUUCCAUGUGGUUGAACUAAGAAGAGCCUCAGACCCCUUGGCUUCCAGACACACACAUGUGUGGCAUCCUGACACAUGCGUGACCCCCAGCAGGGCAGAUAAGCUACCCAGGCCUCAGUUUCCCUAUCUACAAAUUUGGAAUAACUGACUUUUCAGUUCAUUCAGCUCUGAAUACUCUAUAAUUCCCCCAGGAAUCCCCUCCUGGGCAUAUACUCGAAACAAGUGAAAACAGGGACACAAACAAGUCCUUGUACAUGAAUGUUCAUGGUGGCACUAUUCACAAUAGCCAAAAGGUGGGAACGAUGGGAACGACCCAACUAUCCAUCAAUGGAGAAAUGAAUGAACACAUUGUAGCAUAGCCAUACAUAGAAGGGGCAAGGGGGCAAAUUGUUGAAUUUGCCUGAACCCACCCUGAGGAGGAAGGAAUAGAGAGGGAGGGCAAAGGAGCAAGCAUUCCUUUAGCACCCAGUUCUAGUGCCAGGCAUUGUCUUGGGUGCUUGUAGAUGGAUUGUGUGUUCCAUCCGCAGAGGACAGAUAGGGUGUCCAGGGAGGCUGCAGGGUCUUCAGCCAGUGGUCCAAUUUCUGCAGGUGUAGACGGAUUAGCCGACAGAGCAGGUGGGGCCGUCCUAGACGCCUCCGUUUAACCCGGACACUCUCCCAUUCAGGUGCAGGGAGGAGAAAACCAACUCUGGGAAAAAGCAGAAAGGAUUUACCUGCCCCUCCCCACCGGAAGCAGCCCUGGAGUUCUUGCUCAGAAACAGCUCUGUGGUUUUUGCUCCUCCGGAAGUUGCAGGGCUCUGUCUGAGAACAUGGCCAAUGGCAUUGACGAGCUCAUUGGCAUUCCCUUCCCCAACCACAGCAGCGAGGUCCUGUGUAGCCUGAACGAGCAGCGACAUGACGGCCUGCUCUGCGAUGUGCUCCUGGUGGUGCAGGAACAGGAGUACCGCACCCACCGCUCCGUCCUGGCCGCCUGCAGCAAGUACUUCAAGAAGCUCUUCACGGCCGGCACCUUAGCCAGCCAGCCGUAUGUCUAUGAGAUCGACUUUGUCCAGCCCGAGGCUCUGGCCGCCAUCCUGGAAUUCGCCUACACCUCCACGCUCACCAUCACGGCCUCCAAUGUCAAGCACAUCCUCAACGCCGCCAGGAUGCUGGAGAUCCAGUGCAUCGUGAACGUGUGCCUGGAGAUCAUGGAGCCCGGGGGCGACGGAGGGGAGGAGGACGACAAGGAGGACGAUGAUGAUGACGAAGAUGAUGAUGAUGAGGAGGAUGAAGAGGAGGAGGAGGAGGAAGAGGAGGAGGAGGAUGAUGACACAGAGGAUUUUGCUGAUCAAGAAAACUUGCCUGACCCCCAGGACAUCAACUGCCACCAAAGCCCUUCCAAGACUGACCAUCUCACGGAGAAGGCCUAUGCAGACACACCCAGGGACUUCCCUGAUUCCUUCCAGGCUGGCAGCCCUGGCCAUCUGGGUGUGAUCCGGGACUUCUCCAUCGAAUCUCUGCUGAGGGAGAACCUCUACCCCAAAGCCAACAUCCCCGACAGGAGGCCCUCCUUAUCUCCGUUUGCCCCGGACUUCUUCCCACACCUCUGGCCAGGGGACUUCGGUGCCUUUGCCCAGCUGCCUCAGCAGCCUAUGGACAGUGGGCCGUUGGACCUUGUCAUCAAGAACCGGAAGAUCAAGGAGGAGGAGAAGGAGGAGCUGCCCCCACCUCCACCACCGCCCUUCCCUAAUGACUUUUUCAAGGACAUGUUCCCAGACCUUCCUGGGGGGCCACUGGGCCCCAUCAAGGCAGAGAAUGACUACGGUGCCUAUCUCAACUUCCUGAGUGCCACCCAUCUGGGGGGCCUCUUCCCACCCUGGCCACUGGUAGAGGAGCGCAAGCUGAAGCCCAAGGCCUCUCAGCAGUGCCCCAUCUGCCACAAAGUCAUCAUGGGGGCCGGGAAGCUACCGCGGCACAUGAGGACCCACACCGGGGAGAAGCCAUACAUGUGCAACAUCUGUGAGGUCCGCUUCACCAGGCAGGACAAGCUGAAGAUCCACAUGCGGAAGCACACGGGGGAGCGGCCCUACCUGUGCAUCCACUGCAACGCCAAGUUCGUGCACAACUACGACCUCAAGAACCACAUGCGCAUCCACACGGGCGUGCGGCCCUACCAGUGCGAGUUCUGCUACAAGAGCUUCACGCGCUCCGACCACCUGCACCGCCACAUCAAGCGCCAGAGCUGCCGCAUGGCGCGGCCCCGGCGCGGCCGCAAGCCCGCCGCCUGGAGGGCCGCCAGCCUGCUCUUCGGGCCCGGCGGCGCGGCGCCCGACAAGGCGGCCUUCGUGAUGCCACCGGCGCUGGGCGAUGUGGGCGGCCACCUGGGCGGGGCGGCCGUGUGCCUCCCGGGCCCCAGCCCCGCCAAGCACUUCCUGGCGGCGCCCAAGGGUGCGCUGAGCCUGCAGGAGCUCGAGCGGCAGUUCGAGGAGACGCAGAUGAAGCUGUUCGGGCGCGCGCAGCUGGAGGCCGAGCGCAACGCCGGGGGCCUCCUGGCCUUCGCGCUGGCUGAGAACGUGGCCGCCGCGCGGCCCUACUUCCCGUUGCCCGACCCGUGGGCCGCGGGCCUGGCCGGCCUCCCCGGGCUCGCGGGCCUCAACCAUAUGGCCUCCAUGUCUGAAGCCAACAACUAGGCUGGUCCUUGUCACCCCAGUCCAGCAGCCCCGUACCCUCUCCCACCAGGCCCACCCUGCCUCACCCAGUGGCUCUGAACUUUGUAUUUCAAAUCGCAAUGGGAAAAUGAAAAAACAGAUAAGCAGCAAUGGUCUUUUCCGGGCCUCCUGAGGCAGCUGCCUCCCUUUUGCUGGUGUCUGAGAUGGGCUUCUCCUCCCCGAGGGCCUGGCUGCUCCCUGACUGUCUCUGUGGCUCUCACACAGACACUCACACAGGCCCACGCCACAGAGGAGGCCACACGCUGGUGCCCAGGAGCACUUUGGAGCUGUGUGGCGCUAGAUGGAGGGAGGUGGCUUGGCCAGAGGCAGGCCAGCUGGAGCAGGGAGGAGGGUAGGGUCCUGGCACACACAGCCUGGCGGAGCCUCACCCUAUGGCAAAGUCCCUACAGACACUACUCUGAGGAGGCAUCCCCGUCUCCAGCAGUCCUGGGAUGCUUAUGGGAAAUGCCCUAUUGGCAGGGACGCCUCCUGGAGUCAGGAGCAAGGCUCCUGCAGUCCAGGCCCAUUUUUCCCUCACUGUCCAGUGACCUUGGACAGGAGCCCUUUGCACCCAGGUUUCACCCUGCUAUGAAAGGGGGCUGCUAGUUUCUCCUCUUAUUUUCCCCUCUCCCAGCCACCCUCGCACGUGUACAGGCCUAUCCCUCCACAGAGAAUUCUGGAGAGGGCAGAGCUUUCCACUCCUGAAGUCCGUGAUGAAACCAUCUGUCUUAUGGGAUUUCCAUUUUAUCACAUCCACCUCUGUAUUAGCACAGGUGAGAAACGUGGCCACACUAGACAGGGUGACAGAGAGAGAGAGCUGAGGUGGGGCUUGUCCACAGCCUGCAGGCAGCUUUGGGGAACUCUGAAUCCUACCCUCCUCCCGGGCAGGCUGCGGUGCAUGUCUGGGGCCCUGAGGAUGACCAGUUAGCAUUUACCCCGCCUCCACAUGCCCCCUUCAGUGCUGUACCGAGUCUCUUGGGACUCCUGGGGUCAACAUAGACGGGACCAGGCCUGCCUCUUAACACCUGGCAACCGCCUCCCUCCACCAUGAUUCUGGACAAAGCACCUGGUGUCUGGGGUUUCUAGUCGCUUCUCAAGUUCCAGUUUCUCAGGGCUUUGGCGUGGCUGGCCAUGGCCCUCUGUGCUGUGUUUGAGCACCCUCGACCCCUCCCUCCUCCCUCCAGGGGUGAAGCUGGGGUGUGUGGCCCCCUCCGUGCGGGGAGCCAGAGCCUGGGCUCUGAUGUGGGUUUGAAGGGCCCUGGGGGUUGGGGUCCACACCCUCUCCCUGGUUCUUGAGUUUGUCGCGGGUCCUGCGAAGGAAGACAGCUCCGCUGGCCCAGUGCCUUUCUGAUCUUCUCUGUCCUCUCCUGCCCUUCCCUCCCUUGUCUGGCUGAGUUUGCUUUUGUUUCUCAGUAGCCCGGAAACGGGGAGAGUUCAUCAGCAGGGGUGCCCAGGGCUGGUGUCCCCAGUCCCGGAGCUGUGGGCUCAAGAGACUUGGGCUCUUCCUAUCGCCUUGGCUUCCUCCUGAGCAAACCUAAAAAAAACAAAAAGGCCAGAGAAGACCACAGACUCUGUCACUCUCCCAGCUCCCCAGAAGAGAACCCCCCUUGACCCCACGUACCACCAGAUGCCAUUUUGGCCACAGGGACUUGCUUCCGACCCCUCUUGUCUUCAGGUGUCAUCUGCCUGGGUAGCCGUCUCUUGGAUUCCUGUCUCCAUUUCAGACACUCGCUUCUGGGGCCCGCCAGCCAGCAUGCCCAUGCUCCCCCCAUCGGCCGAGGGAUUGGGGCUGACCCAAACUUUAAAAGAAAUCGAGGAAAAGUGAACACAUUGGAAUCCAGUGGUGUUGGGCUUUUGUUUUUAUUUUGUAAAGGUAAUGACUUCUUAUAAACUCAAUUUUUCAGACGA